AACAUUUUUAAUAUGGCGCUUGCCAGUUCAAGCAUAAGUCUGGAAUCACAAUAUUUAAAGCAUUUGACAAACGUGUUAGACAGACAAAUUCAAAAUUCGGAUUCUUCAAGUGAAGAAACAAGUGAUGAAGAAGUCUGUGAUCAUACAUCAUCUUUCAUUGUGGAUACAAAGCCAAGUACCUCCUCUUGUUGUGGUACAGAGUUACUAAAAACAAAAAAAAAUAAAAUGAUUGAAUAUAGAAAAGAACAAUCAGGAACAGUAGAUAAACAGUUUCAGCUGGCUUCAACAUUACAUUCAGAGAUAGAUGUGAAUGAUGUAUAUGUGAAUGCAUAUCCAGGAAAGAAGACAGAAGAGAGCGUAAAGAAGAACAAAAUAUUAAGUCUCAGAGCAUCUACUGAAGAUGAGCUAUUGAAGAAGAGUGUAUUACAACCUGGCUAUGAAAAACAGUUUACUGUACCUCCAUAUAUUGAACGUGUGUGCAACUUAAAGAAGCAAAGAAGGGAAGAGCGUAAGAAAAGUAAAGGAUCUAAGUGGUACAAUCUUCCUGCCACUGAGUUGACAGAUGAAAUUAAGAAUGACCUCCAGGUGAUUCAGUUCAGAAAAGCCUUAGAUCCCAAACGUUUCUACAAGAAGAAUGACCUAAAAACCUUGCCCAAGUACUUCCAGAUCGGAACUAUUGUUGAGUCUCCAGCUGAUUUUUACCACUCCCGAGUUCCAAAAAAAGAACGCAAGAGAACCAUAGUAGAGGAGCUCCUAGCAGAUGCUGAGUUUAAAAAAUAUAAUAAGAAAAAGUAUGCCGAAAUAAUGGCCAACAGACCUCAGCGACAUAAAGGAGCACUUAAACAUAUGAAAAGACUGAAGAAAAGAAAAUAGAUUUUUACCAGUGAAUUAAUGGAAAAUUCUCUUAAAUUUGAAAUAAAGUAUUUUGCACCAUACC